AUGACGCCAGAAACAUCUAUGGGUGUGGAGAAAUCUAUGCCAGAAUCUUCAACAACUCCGACCAGGAAGAGAGCUUCCCCGGAAGACGGUGAUUCGCCCAAUUCAGAGAAAGCCGGUAAAGUCAAACUGGCUUUCUCUAUCGACAGUAUAAUUGGGAAUACAGCAAAGAAACAGAAAGUGAGUGAAGAGCACAGCCCAGAAGUACCCAGAGUAUCUAGGACCCAUCGUUCUGUUGACCUCAACAACUACAAAAAUUCAGGGUUUAUAUCAUACCCCAAAUCCGGACUUCUAUAUCCCAAAUUAGAUGGAAAGGACCCUUCUCUUGCGGAGGGUCUGGGAGCCUCUGGCCGUGACAACUGGGACGUCUAUCUUCCCUAUCUGCACCCCGCCUUCCUCAUGGGCCGGGUCAACCUGCUAGACUACAAUUCCCAACUCGGCUUACUCAGGCAACAUGUCCAUCCCUUGUAUCCAACUGCAGGAACUUUCUGGCUGCAAAAUCGCUCUUUGGCCGGCCAGCUAAAAUUCCCUUGCCCCACGGGUGAGCUUUCUACCAGAGGAUUAGACCUUUCCCUCACCCAGCACAGAGCAUCAAACAAAGAUACGAAAUCACAGACCUUCACCAACCAGCCUGAAAACAGCACUGGUGAUUCGGACAGUCAGUCGCCGAAAAAGUUGAUCCCGGACAAUUUUCGGGCAGGUGUUGCUGGGAAGAAGGCAAGUCCCGACUCGGUGGCACUCCAGAAAGAGGAUGACAGCCAGGAAAAUGUUGACUGUGACUCUUUGAACAAGAACAAAAAAAUAGGCACGAAACCACCAAAGACAUUCACGUGUCCGGAGUGUGGUAAAGUGUUCAAUGCCCAUUACAAUUUGACCCGCCAUAUGCCUGUUCAUACUGGAGCUAGACCGUUCGUGUGUAAAAUUUGUGGAAAGGGUUUUCGCCAGGCAAGCACCCUGUGUCGACACAAAAUUAUUCACACGUCAGAAAAACCCCACAAAUGUCAGACGUGUGGGAAAUGCUUCAACCGAAGCUCUACACUGAACACUCAUAUGCGAAUCCACGCCGGCUACAAACCGUUUGUAUGCGAAUUCUGCGGCAAGGGCUUUCACCAGAAAGGUAACUACAAAAAUCACCGACUGACUCACAGCACAGAAAAACAGUACAAGUGUAACAUAUGUAACAAGGCCUUUCACCAGAUUUACAAUCUCACCUUUCAUAUGCAUACUCAUAACGAGAAAAAACCAUUCACCUGUCAGGUUUGCGGGAAGGGAUUUUGUCGGAACUUUGAUUUAAAGAAACACAUGAGAAAGUUGCAUGACGGCUCUUCCGUUUCCCCAACAUCCUCUCCCACCUCUGAUACAAACUUGAACUCGAGUCAAAACUUUAGUCCAAAUUCCCGGCUGUUUGCCGUUGGCCCGUCCACCGGACCAACUGGCUUUUUGAACCGUCCAUCUCUGUUAGCUCAGAGUUCGAUUCAGUGUCAACGAAGCCUUUUUGCUCCUUACAUGUUACACAACCCGGGCUCAUUUUUACAGAAAGUCCAGCCUCUGAUAUGA